UCUGUCUUUGUUCUGAUCUCAAGUUUCUUCAUAGAAAAAGCUUCAAGCUUGGCAAUGGUGUUUGGGAACUUAUGGACGUAUUUCAUAGUUGUUUGCCUAAGUACGGCGUUGAGCAAUGUGGUUUUAGGGCAUGGACCAAACCCUUUCUUGCCUGAUGGCCGUGGGAGAAGAAGAGAAAUGGUGCCUGCCAUGUUCAUAUUUGGAGAUUCUCUCAUCGAUAAUGGCAACAACAAUGACCUUCCUUCUUUUGCAAAGGCUAACUAUUUCCCUUACGGGAUCGACUUCAAUGGCGGUCCUUCUGGUCGUUUCUCCAAUGGCUAUACCAUGGUUGACGAAAUUGCUGAGCUGCUAGGGCUACCAUUGAUUCCGGCGUUUUCCGAAGCUGCCGGCGACCAAGUUCUUCAUGGUAUCAACUACGCCUCCACGGCUUCCGGCAUCCUAGACAUCACCGGAAGAAACUUUGUGGGUCGAAUACCAUUUGAUCAACAAAUUCGAAAUUUCCAGACCACAUUGGAUCAAAUUACGGACAAUCUGGGUGCAAUCGAUGCAGCAGAAGCACUGGCUAAAUGCAUUUUCUUUGUUGGAAUGGGAAGCAAUGACUACCUCAACAACUACCUGAUGCCAAAUUAUCCCACCCGAAAUCAGUACAAUGGUCAACAGUUUGCUGAUCUCUUGGUUCAAAAAUAUACUCAGCAACUCAGAAGACUUUACAAUAUGGGAGCACGUAAGUUUGUGGUAACAGGGCUAGGAAGAAUGGGGUGUAUUCCAAGCAUUUUAGCACAAAGCAAUUCGGGACGCUGCUCGGAAGAAGUGAAUAAGCUCAUCCUACCUUUCAAUGCCAACGUUAAGAAGAUGCUGAAUAGCCUCAAUGCUAACCUGCCGGGGGCCAGGUUUAUCUAUAUUGACGUCGCUCGCCUCUUCGAAGAUAUGAUCGGCAAUGCUAGAUCGUAUGGAUUCAGGGUGGUGAACCGAGGGUGUUGCGGCAUCGGGCGGAACCGAGGGCAAAUAACGUGCCUUCCGCUCCAGACACCGUGCAAUAACAGAGAUGAAUAUGUGUUUUGGGAUGCAUUCCAUCCCACUGAAAAGGUUAACAUCUUAAUGGCCAGGAAGGCAUUCAGUGGCGAUCGUUCCAUCGUUUAUCCCAUCAACAUUCAGCAGCUUGCCAAACUUUGACCUUUAAACCAAUCAAAUUAAUUACUACUGUAUCAGCUUUUACAUGUACUAUGAUUUAUUUCCCGUUUGAUUAGAAACAAACAAUGCGUUUUGGCUUUCUUUCA